GAGGCCGUCUUGUUCAUCUUCAAUCUUCGUCUUUCUCUGUGAAUCAAAAUGAUUCGAAGCGUUGACGUCUACGUUAAAACCCUAGGCCCUUCCGUCCGUACUGUUCUCUUUUCGAUCUUUACCUCUAAGCAGAAACCGCCGUCGCUUUCGCUUCCAUUGCAGUUCUCGUCGCGGUCGUCGCCACAUACUUUCUCUCGUUGUUUCUCCAAUUUCCUAGCUGUCUCAAAUUCUCCGGUUCACGGUUUUCGCGGGAGCCGAAACUUCGGAUCUCUCUUCACUGUGAGGGCUUUUUCUUCGUCGCCCGCCGCUUCGAUUCAGCCGCAGCCGCAGCAGCAUCAGAAUCAGCACCCAGGGGAGUCUGGUGAAACGGUCCCGUAUGUGGAGGUUGGUGAUGGGAAUUCUGGUGGCUUAGAGGAGGAAACCAAGCUCUCUCUUCCUGUACGAGCUUAUUUCUUCUCCACUAGCGUUGAUUUGAGAAGCUUAGUUGAGCAAAACAAGCAGAACUUCAUCCCACCCACGUCGCGUAUGACUAACUACGUUGUUCUCAAGUUCGGCAAUCAUUCUGAUCCCACUGGUACUGGUGGUUGCAUAAGUGGGAGUGAGUGCAUUUACAUGGUAGUAUUCCAGUAUGGAUCGAUUGUGUUAUUUAAUGUACGGGAACACGAGGUUGACGAGUAUCUAAAAGUGGUGGAGAGGCAUGCUUCUGGUUUGCUUCCUGAAAUGAGAAAAGAUGAAUAUGAAGUAAGAGAGAAUCCAACUCUGCACACCUGGAUGCAGGGGGGACUGGAUUACAUCAUGUUGCAGUUCUUGAAUAUUGAUGGCAUCAGAACCAUCGGCAGUGUUCUGGGCCAGAGCAUAGCUCUUGAUUACUAUGGCCGGCAGGUUGAUGGUAUGGUAGCAGAAUUUACUGACAUAAACCGUGGGAUGGAGAAAACCGGAACGUUUACGAUGGAUAGGAAGAAGCUGUUCCAGUUGGUUGGAAAGGCUAAUUCUAACCUGGCUGAUGUGAUUCUGAAGCUUGGUCUUUUUGAGAGGUCGGAUAUAGCUUGGAAGGAUGCGAAAUAUGCUCAGAUAUGGGAGUAUCUGAGGGAUGAAUUUGAAUUGACACAGAGAUUUGCAAGCCUUGAUUUUAAGCUCAAGUUUGUAGAGCACAACAUUCGUUUCCUUCAGGAAAUACUUCAGAACAGGAAAUCAGAUUUUCUGGAGUGGCUAAUCAUUAUCCUGAUCAGUGCUGAAAUCGCAAUUUCUUUGUACGACAUGGUCCGUAGAUCCUUAUGAUCAUCCUCUGCCAUUUUUUAAGCACAUUCUUCAUUGUGGUUACAAGGAAACACACGUA